UUUCUCUAGCUUCACGUCAUUUCUCUUCCUCCUGUAACAGCAGCAGUUUGGAGACGUCUGUCUUCAUAUUUUUGGGUUUUAUUCGCCUCCUCGGACCGUGUGGGAGAGUUUGGUUUUGAAUUCGGUCCAGGAUGAUUCCCACCGAGGACGCGUCCGCCCGGAAGAGGGAGAUCGAGAAGAAGCUGAAGCAGGAACAGGAGACACUGUCUUUCAUUAGAGAGAACCUGGAGAAGAGUGAUCAGCUGACCAAAGGCAUGGUGUCCAUCCUGUCCUCGUUCGAGAGUCGUCUGAUGCAGCUGGAGAACUCCAUCAUCCCGGUCCACAAACAGACGGAGAACCUACAGCGUCUGCAGGAGAACGUGGACAAGACCCUGUCCUGCAUGGACCACGUCAUCAGCUACUACCACGUGGCCAAAGACACCGACCGCAUCAUCAGGGAGGGACCGACCGGACGCCUGGACGAGUACCUGGCCUGUAUCGCAAAGAUCCAGAAAGCAGUGGAGUAUUUCCAGGACAACAACCCAGACAGCCCCGAACUCAACACAGUGAAAGCGCGUUUUGAAAAGGGUAAAGAGCUGCUGGAGGCGGAGUUCCGCAGCCUCCUGACCCGCUACAGUAAACCCGUCCCUCCCAUCCUCAUCCUGGACGCCAUCAGCGUGGACGAGGAGCUGGAGGUCCAGGAGGACGUGGUCCUGGAACAUCUGCCCGAGGCCGUCCUGCAGGACAUCAUCUGCAUCUCCGGGUGGUUGGUGGAGUACGGACGGAACCAGGAUUUCAUGAACGUGUACUUCCAGAUCCGGUCCAACCAGCUGGACCGCUCCAUCAAAGGCCUGAAGGACCACUUCCGUAAGAACAGCGCCUCCUCCGGGAUCCUGUACUCGCCCGCCGUCCAAACUAAGCGCAAAGACACGCCCACUAAGAAGGCCCCGAAGAGACCAGUCUACAUCCCAGGGACCAUUCGCAAGGCUCAGAACCUUCUGAAACAGUACUCACAGCAUGGGCUGGAUGGGAAAAAGGGGGGCUCUAACCUCACUCCUCUGGAAGGAAAAGACGACGUCCUGGACAUCGAGAUCGACUCAUACAUCCACUGCAUCAGCGCCUUCGUCAAACUGGCCCAGAGCGAGUAUGCCCUGCUGACGGAGAUCAUCCCCGAACACCACCAGAAGAAGACCUUCGACUCCCUCAUCCAGGAGGCGCUGGACAACCUGAUGCUGGAGGGAGACAACAUCGUGUCUGCGGCUCGUCGAGCCAUCAUGAGACACGACUACUCGGCCGUCCUCACCAUCUUCCCCAUCCUCCGACACCUGAAGAUGAACAAGGCCGAGUUCGACUCCACGCUGCAGGGAACGGCGGCGAGCACCAAGAACAAACUCCCCACCCUCAUCACAUCAAUGGAAACAAUCGGCGCCAAAGCUCUGGAGGAGUUCGCAGACAGCAUCAAAAACGAUCCCGAUAAAGAGUACAACAUGCCAAAGGACGGGACGGUCCACGAGCUGACCAGUAACGCCAUCCUGUUUCUGCAGCAGCUGCUCGACUUCCACGAAACGGCUGGAGCCAUGUUAGCGUCACAAGUCCUGGGGGACACUUACAAUAUCCCUUUAGACCCCCGAGAAACCAGUUCGUCAGCCAGCAGCUACACGUCGGACUUCAACAAGCGGCUCCUCAGUACCUACAUAUGUAAAGUGUUGGGGAACCUGCAGCUGAACCUGCUCAGUAAAUCCAAAGUGUACGAGGAUUCAGCUCUGAGCGCCAUCUUCCUCCACAACAACUACAACUACAUCCUCAAGUCACUGGAGAAGUCGGAGCUGAUCCAACUGGUGACGGUGACCCAGAAGAAGGCGGAGAGCUCCUACAGGGAACUGAUCGAACAGCAGAUCCAGAUGUACCAGCGCAGCUGGCUGAAGGUGACGGAACAUCUGACCGACAGGAACAUGCCGGUGUUUCAACCUGGAACCAAGCUGAAGGAUAAGGAGCGUCAGGUGAUCAAAGACAAAUUCAAGGGCUUCAACGACGGUCUGGAGGACCUGUGUAAGACCCAGAAGGGCUGGGCCAUCCCAGAUAAGGAGCAGAGGGACUUCAUCCGCCAGGCGCAGAGGAAGGUGGUGUCGGACGCAUACAGAGCCUUUCUGCAGAGAUGCACCAACAUCUCCUUCACCAAAAACCCAGAGAAAUACCACAAAUACCGACCGGAGGAGGUGGAGGAGAUGAUCGAGAAGCUGUUCGACACGUCGGCCUGAUCCACGUUUUGGACCAAACACGUGAACAUGUAUUUAUGUAAUUUAGCCCCUGAACCGUUCACCUUUGACUGAAUAAAAGGAACUCGACCACA